UUCGCAGGGCGUCUUUGGGUGUGAGUGAGCGAUGGCAUUUGCGGAUGAUGUCCGCAAGAGCGACCGCUGUGAAGCGUGAUGCCUGUGAUAUAUAUAAAAAGAAAAAAGUGCAUGUGAAAGCGUGAUUAUACUUGUGCCGGUAUCCAUACAAAAUGAUAACGGUGGACGGCGCGGAUGGCGGAAAAAAGGCGGCGGAAGGCGAUCGAGGAUCUCGGAAACGGUGCACACGUGGUGGCAAGAAUAGCACCACCAACAACCACCACAGCAGUCCCAGUAAAAACGAUAGCAGUGCGAAUCGCGAGGAGACCGUAGACGGCGAGGGUGUGAUCGUGGAGGAUGUCGUGAUGCAUGUGGCGGGGCGGAAGGGUCCCCUUCGUGGAAAUGUUUGGAAGUCCUCAGACGGGGAAUACAUUCAGUACAAAUGCGUCGACGAUGGUGUCAUCUAUCGGCCGGGUGAUGCCGUCUACAUCGAGAGCCAGCACAGCGAUCAGCCUUAUUUCAUCAGCUCCAUCCAAGACUUUAAAAAGAGUAAGAGAGAUCACUUGAUGGUACACAUCAAGUGGUUCUACAGGCCCUCUGAAGUACCUGAAACUGUAUAUCAGCUCCUUGUGCAGGAUCGAAAUACUGAGCACCAUUGGGAGAGCAAGAUUAGUAAAGAUCCUGUGGUUCGAUCAAGAGAACUCUUCAUAUCGGAUGCAGCAGACACUUAUCCAGUCUCUGUACUAAGAGGAGUGUGCAGGGUGUUUCACCUUGCUGACAUUGCAGCCGUGAAGGGAUUUAGUCCUAUUCCAGAUUCUUUCUUCUACGUUUUGGGCUACAAUCCUGAGACGAGGAGGCUGGCAUCAACCCAGGGCGAGAUCCGGGUGGGCCCCUCGCAUCAGGCCCGUCUGCCCGAGUUGCGAGCCGGGGUGACUCCGGGUCAAAUGCCAGAGAAGUGUGAAGACAGAGAGGAACCCAAGUGGCGAUCUGGUUUGACUGGUGACGGGGAUCUGUUGAUGUAUUUAAGAGCAGCUCGCUCCAUGGCUGCUUUUGCUGGGAUGUGUGAUGGUGGUUCACCUGAUGAUGGGUGUUUUGCUGCAUCUCGUGAUGACACAACAAUAAAUGCUCUGGAUGUGUUGCACCAGAGUAGGUAUGAUCCAGGAAAGGCUCUUCAGGCCUUAGUCAAAUGUCCUGUUCCAAAGGGCAUUGACAAGAAAUGGACUGAUGAGGAGACGAAACGAUUUGUGAAAGGCCUACGGCAGUUUGGUAAAGAUUUCUUCCGCAUUCGUAUCGAGUUUUUGCCACAUAAGGAGACUGCUGAUCUAGUGGAAUUUUAUUACCUAUGGAAGAAGACGCCGGGUGCAAAGAGCAGUCGUCCACAUAGACGUCAGCGCAUCCAAAAUACCCUGAAGAGGAUCAGAGCUAAUCGAACCAACAAGAAUCAGAAAGAUGAAGCUGAUAUGAGCUCAGCCAGUGAAGAAGAUAAUGAAUCAGAAGAUUCAGACUCAAGGGAUGGGAAUGGCUAUAGAUGCAAACACUGCCUGAUCACUGAGUCUAGAGAUUGGCACCAUGCAGGGAAGGAUAAGAUUCUUCUCUGCUCAGACUGUCGUCUGCAUUUUAAGAAAUAUGGCGAGCUUCCACUGACAAAAGACCAGGAGAAGUCUGAGGGAGACACUGAGAAUGAUGGGGACCUGGGUCCACCUACUCCACCACCAGCUGACUUCCUGUUCAGACCUGUGAAAGAGGAUGAUAGUCCACUGGCUAAGUCAGACAAUGGGAACCACAAAGAACAGAGUGGAUCAAGUGACAGCCCAAGUGAUUCUGAGCCCAAGGAUGAGAAGUCCCCUGAGGAGAGUGGGAGCAGUCAGAGUACCAGCCCCACCUUGGGCCAUACACCCAGCAAGGAAAUGGAAUCAGUUCCACCUAAGGGCACCAAGAGGAGCAUAGAUAAUUCACCUGCAGAAUCUCUUGAGGAGUAUCCUAAAAAGAAGAAACCUAACGAAUCAGAUGAGGUUGAUGAGCCGGUUGUUCCUGAAAUGAAGAAUCUCUCCCAAGAAGGAGACAGAGAAAGCAUGAUCAUUGCACCCCAACCAGCUGUGAUUUCAAAAGCAGAUGAUAAAUUAAUGUCUCCUGGACCUCAAUCUCUUGACAUGAAAUCCAGUGGCACCCCAGCUUCUCCCAAAUUUUCUGCAGCAGCCAUCCAGGCAGAUCUCUCAUCCCCCUCAGAUGUAAAGGCAGAGGAACCACCUCCACCUGUCACAACCUCCAGCCUGUCUACCCCAUCCAUCAUGACCCCCUUGCACGUCCAGACAUCAGGGAGUGUGAUUCACACUGUGGCUUCUGUAAAGGUGGAGCAGGUUUCACCCUCUAUUGGGUCUAGUACCAACAGAGAUGUCCUUGCAACAAUGGCUUCUGACAUGAAAUGCUUACCUGUGAAGCGGGAAUAUUCUGAGGCAUCAAGCGUUGGGAUGAAGCCAGUGAUACCUAUACCCAGUCCAAUAAAUGCCUUUCCUCCACUGUCAACAACAACAACUCCAACUAGCAGUGCUCAUGCUCCUAUCACGUAUCCUUCUCUGGGUAUUCCUCCUCCACAUCAUGGUCCACAUUUCUUUCCUCCUCCCUCCUCCCUUGCUUAUCAUACUCCAUACUCCCUGUAUGGUUAUCCGUACCCUUAUGCAUAUACCCCAUACAUGCCAACACCAAAGAUACCGCCUGUGCCUUCGGCACCUCCAGCUCCCUCUAAGGAAAGUCCCCGACCAUCAUCUGCCUUGGGAGAGGUCAAAUCUCCUGCACAACAGCGUCCAGGAGACAGAACACUGGCUACAAAUCGUACAGCAGUCCCUCAGCGUCCAGGGUCCUCUCUGCAUCACCCUUCUUCUCAGCCUCUCCCUCCAACAACAAAUAUGUCAAAAACAUCAGCACUGCCUCAUGCUCCUGCAAGAGACAUUAAGGAGUUUGUGGCACCAGAGACCCAUGAUGGUGGUGGUGAAGAUGAUGAGGACAUAGCCAGUCCAGCUCAACAAAUACCUCGUGGCCCCAGUCCUGAGCCCAAGGUGGAGGAUUCUGAGUGUCAUCGUAGUGAAAGUGCCAUUUUCUUGAGGCAUUGGAACAGGGGAGAAGGGAACUCUUGUGCCCGCACAGACUUGACCUUCAAACCAGUCCCUGAUUCCAAGUUAGCCAGAAAGCGAGAAGAGCGAUUGCGUCGACAGGCAGAGAAAGAGAAGGAAGAAAGAGAGAAGGCAGCCUUUCAGAAGAGUCAGAUGGGAGCAGGGGAGAAGAGGGAGACUCCCAAACCUUCUAUGCAUGGAGGUCCAAUUGAGAGCAUUACUUCACCUGCAUUUGACCGAUUCCGUGCACAAGGACCCUUCCCACCUGAUACUCCUGCGCUCAGACAACUGAGUGAAUAUGCACGACCACAUGGGAGUGGUGGCUUUUCUCCUGGGGGCACUCUCCCUCCUCGAACUAUGGGAUCCAUUCCACAUCCUGGGAUUGAUCCAUUGCUACAUCUGCAACUCGCUACAAGUCAUAGUCUCUACAGUGACCGAGCAAGGCCAGGAGUUAAUAGCAUGACUCUUCAUGAAAUCUGGAUUGGAAGGGCGGAGUUGGAGCAAAUGGAAAGAGAGAAACGAGAACGAGAGAUUCGAGAGAUGCAAGAACGGGAGCUCCGGGACCGCCUCAAGGACCCGCAUUGGUUGGAAAUGUGUCGGAGCAGAGGUCUCAUCCCUCAUGGAGCUGGAGUUCCUGGACCUCUUCCUUCACCAUCACCAUUGCCCUUUUAUCCUCCAGGAGUUAACGUACCUGCUCAGCUAGAAAGGGAACGACUUGAGAGAAUGGGGUUGUCACCGAGCUAUCAUGAGCUCCUGUCGUCAUCCAUGAUGGGCGGUCUUUCCCCAGAACGAUUCCAAGCCUUGGCAGGGGAUCCACUCAUGCGGCUUCAGAUGUCUGGCCUCAGUCCUGUCGAGAUGCACGCCCAUGCUCAUGCACAUACCCAUGCACAUGCUCAUGCACAUACUCACCUCCAUCUUCAUGGUGCUGGUGGCUCAGCUCCUGGACUACCAGAUGUUUCACCUGGGUUCCCUCAUGUCCCCAGAAGCACAGCAGGAGGAAGUUUUCCACCCCCUCGCCCUGGCAUGGGCUUGCCCCCUCAUCGUGACCCUGCUGCAGCAUCUCCACUUCCUCUCCUUCGCCCUUAUGAUGAACACCUCCAGUUGGCUCAGCAGCUGUCAGCACAUGAGCAGUUUCAGCGGCAACUACUUCUGGAGAGGGAAGUGCGGUUCCCACCUGGAGGUCCACCCCCACAUCUAAGCCACGUUUCUCUUAUGGUUCAACACGAAGAGUUCCUUCGGCAGCGAGAUCGUGAGAUGAAGGUGCGGGCCUUGGAAGAGGCUGCUCGAGGUGGCCGACCGCCUUGAAAUCCUGCUCUUGUGGUGAUUUAAGAUGACCUGAUGGUAUUUAUUGGUCAGUGUGGCGGAUUAUGAAUUAUUAUUAGCAUUUAUUAUUAUGGUUGUCAUUACUUAUUUAGUAUUUGUGCGAAUGGAUCUUGAUUUUUGUUCAGUGCACUGUGAGAGAG